GUGGAGAUGCGGGAUCUGCCACAAGUCCUGUUGCUGUGAGGAAUGUCUGGAACCUGAGCCGACACAGGAAGCCGGAACGCGGACGCAGGAAGAAGGAGAAGACGAGGGCACAUCCGAGGACAACUUUGCCGGAGAGGUAGUGGGGCAGAUCGGCGCGGUGUUCGCGGACAUCGAGAGGAAAGUGGCUGAAGAGAAGAGAGCUUGGCGCAUAUGCUUCAACCGAUUCAAGCCAGAGACCCACGGCCGCUGCAGCCACUGUGGCGCCGAAGGUGGACCAGGACGGUGGGAGGAGCGGAACCUCUAUGAGGUUGUUGAACACAUGGUGAAGCCCAUCUGUGCGCAGCUGCGGGUGAGCUAUGUAGAGCUUCUGCGGCGCGGACCCGAAGGCGAGGAGAUGGAGGGCGUGAAGCCUGAUACCUUCGUGUCUCACUGGUGGGGCGAGGAGUUCCCGAAGUUCGUGCGCACGCUCACAUGCUUUGCGGAGGCACGCAGUCGGCGACUUCCGUGGACAGUUUGCACCACUCCGCAUCGCAAUCCGAAGACUUGGGCCUUUUGGAUCUGCGCCUUUGCCAACAAUCAGUACGCCAUCGAGCAUGCCCUUGGUGACUUCAGUAGCGAUGUGACGCCGCGGACAGCCGUCAUGACAAGCGCUUUUGCCACUGCUCUGGAUGCUGUCAGCGAUGUCGUGGCUGUGCUGGACGACCGCGCGAUUAUCUACACCAGGAUUUGGUGCUGCUUCGAGCUAUUCUCCGUGGCGCGCUUGAUACCGGAACGAGACUUGGCCGAAUUCUUAAAGCCCAGAGAUCUCACAAAGAUCGCCAUGUCUUCCGCGACUCCACUGAGCCAAGCCGCACGUCGACGCAUCUUGGCCGACCUCAAUCGCCUCCAAGAAGAGCCCAUUCCUUUGGCGGCAGCAGCACCGUGCUCGGAUGCUGACCUGAGCCUGUGGAAUGGCGUGAUCGGGACGCAGAUGGAAGUGACACACCUUGGCUGUGUCACAGUCCCACUCCACUUCUUGAUCGACUUUCCCUGUGACUAUCCGCUGAGUGCACCCAAUAUCGGCUUCUCCUUCGAAUUUCAGUAUCGCGGAGGUGCCUCGUAUGUGCAGCGGGACGGGCGGCUCAAGGGGAAGCUCGUGAUUUGCUUGGACGUCCUUGGAAAGGGGAAAGAGCUUGAGAUCUUCAUCGCUGAUGAGUCUGGGGUCGUCAGUUCGGGCUGCGGGAAUGUUGGCAUGAUGAACGCAUUGAUCGACAAGGUUAAAACAGCGGAGGCAGAAGCAUCGAAUCCAGACGACAAGGCCAUGAUCGAAUCUGCCAUGCUUGCAGAUGGCACUACCUCAGAG